CCUACCGCGCUCAUUUCAGUCGCGAAACGAAGUUGCGUUCGGUCGGAUUUUUCGCCAGCUCGCGCUCGCACAGAAAGCAGAAAGAAGAGAAAAUUCCGGUCCGCUUGUUGAAGUUGAAAGCGUCAGCAGAAACGAGAUUGUUCCUAAACUCCGACGGAACAUCCGUGUGGGCUUAACGUGAAGCGCAGGUUCAUUUGAUAACGCGUGGAAAAAGCGGUGUUUCAAAGAUGGACGAAUGUUGGGACGACGAUGUAAAUUGCAAUAGCGGCGGCGGUGGUGGAGGUGGCGGCGGUUUUGGAGGAGGAGGUGGCGGCGGAUUUACCGCUGCUCGACAUACGGGUUCCAAGCGCGCCGGUGGUGGUUACGAUUACGGAAGACCGUCGGGCGGUGGAGGACCUUCCGGCAACAAGGAGCGAACCUCGUUUCAGGUGUUCACCAGCAAAAUCCCGAAAAUCAUCGGGAAAGGUGGAGCAACCAUCAAACGGAUUCGGUACGAGUCGCGGGCGUCGGUUGAGAUAGACGACAACGUUCCCGGUAAUGGUCGUUCGACGAUUCACAUCGAAGGCUACACGGCAGACGUGUCCAAGGCCCGUGACGCAAUUUUCGGGGUGCUGAACGAGCUCAGUGACCGCGGCGAUGACAGAGGCGGUCGCGGAGGAGGCGGAGGGGGCCGUCCCAACAAUAACAGCAGCUGGGGUGGACGGGACCGCGAUCAAGACCGUGGUGGCCAAAACUCUUACAAUUCCGGUUUUGGCGGCGGCGGCGGCGGCGGAGGUGGCAGUGGAGGAGGAGGUCGAGCUCGUGGAGGUAACGAGUUCUAUAACUCCGGAUCCAGUUACGGCGGCGGAGGAAGCGGUGGCGAUCGAAACCAACGGGAUCGUGGCAGUAACGAUUUCUACAAUUCGGGCUCCAACUUUGGCGGCGGUGGAGCUGCUCCGGCCGCGAACAGUUUCGGACAGCAGCAAAAUGGUCGCCCCAAGAGUCCCGAGUUGAUCGACUGGGAUGCGCUGAACAAACAGUGCGACGAAGCCACUGCCCGACAAUGGGCCAAGUGCCCGAAGAUGAUCAAAAACUUCUAUAACGAACUGCCCGAAGUGGCCAAUAUGACACCGGAAGAAGUAAGCGAAUUCCGUGCCGAAAACAACAACAUCGUCGUGGAUCGAACCUUCAAGGAUGCGGACAAACCUUCGGCGCCGAUUCCUAAUCCAGUGCAGACGUUCGAGCAAGCCUUCCGCGAGUACCCGGAGCUGUUGGAGGAAAUCAAGAAGCAAGGCUUCGCAAAACCUUCUCCGAUUCAGGCCCAGGCAUGGCCGGUGCUACUCAAAGGCGAAGAUCUGAUCGGAAUUGCUCAAACUGGAACCGGGAAAACGUUGGCUUUCCUAUUGCCGGCGUUUAUCCACAUCGAGGGCCAACCGGUUCCGCGAGGGGAAGCCCGGGGUGGACCGAACGUCCUGGUGAUGGCGCCGACGCGGGAACUGGCCCUGCAAAUUGAGAAGGAGGUAUUCAAGUACCAAUUUCGGGACAUCAAAGCAAUUUGUCUGUACGGCGGUGGAGAUCGGAGAGCGCAGAUCAACAAGGUCAAGGGUGGCGUGGAGAUCAUCAUUGCCACGCCCGGUCGGCUGAACGAUCUGGUGGCUGCCAACGUCAUCGAUAUUACCAGCAUCACCUAUCUGGUAUUGGACGAGGCGGAUCGUAUGCUGGACAUGGGCUUCGAACCGCAAAUUCGAAAACUCCUGCUGGACAUCCGGCCCGAUCGGCAGACCAUCAUGACGAGUGCGACGUGGCCGCCGGGCGUCCGCCGGUUGGCCCAAAGCUACAUGAACAAUCCGGUCCAGGUGUACGUGGGAACGCUGGAUCUGGCCGCCACGCACACCGUCACCCAGCAGAUCGAGGUGAUUGACGAGGAGGACAAAUACAUGCGGGUGAUGAACUUCGUGACCAACAUGGGACCGAACGACAAGGUCAUCAUCUUCUGCGGCCGGAAGACCAGGGCCGAUGAUCUCUCGAGUGAGUUUGUGCUGUCCGGCAUAAAUUGUACCAGCUUGCACGGCGAUCGGGAGCAGGCUGACCGUGAGCAGGCCCUGGAGGACAUCAAAUCCGGCGAUGUGCGGGUCCUUAUCGCGACGGAUGUGGCCUCACGAGGACUGGACAUCGAGGACAUUUCGCACGUAGUGAAUUACGACUUCCCGCGGAAUAUCGAGGAGUACGUGCACCGGGUGGGACGGACGGGUCGCGCCGGCCGAAGUGGAGUUUCCCUGAGCUUCUUCACGCGGGGCGACUGGGCGGUGGCUGCAGACUUGAUUAAAAUUUUGGAAGAAGCCGAUCAGGAAGUGCCGGACGAGAUUCGCCAGAUGGCCGACCGGUUCGCGGCCAAGAAGGAGCGAGAAGGUCGGGAGAAGAGUGCCUUCGGUCGACGGGAUGGCGGCGGACGUGGGGGAGGCGGCGGUGGUGGCCGCCGGGGAGGUGGCCGAUGGUAAUUGUUUAAAACUUAGUGCUGCUUCAGAACCUUACCAAAUUGUCGCGUUCUGUGACAAUAUUCGUGUAAAUUUUUCGACGUUUGAGCCGAAUUAUGUUUAUUACCCUGGAGGUUAGAUCGAAUGACCAUCAGGACCUUACUUUAUCGAUUACUGACUUAAGUUUAGGCGGCUACUUUUAUGUCCGGUCGGUCGAUUGAUUUGAAUAAUUUCAGAACAUUGCACACUAUUCAUCGAAGAAAAUUGCUAAUAUGUACAGGAAAGCGUGUCCUCUCGAGUUCCCUAGCUCGGAAUGUAUCGUCAUAAGACUGGAGAAGAUUUUCUCUUGGGAUAUUAUAAUUUGGUUGAGCCAAACAUCGGAAUUACAAAACAAAAAAAUAGGAACCAUGAAUUAACUUUCCGUUCGGACUAUCUCAUUCUGAACUUUUCCUACGAAUAACUAUUGUUUUAUAUUAUUACAAAUACAGAUUUAUAUAACGUUAAAAUUGCAA